AUGCAGCCACUCCUGCUCCUGGUGGUCUUUCUCCUGUCCCCCAGGGUUCAGGCAGGGAAAAUCAUCGGGGGCCAUGAGGCCAAGCCUCACUCCCGUCCCUACAUGGCAUAUCUUCAAAUCCAGACUCCAGAGAACAUUUUGUUCUGUGGGGGUUUCCUUGUGCGUGGGGACUUCGUGUUGACAGCAGCUCACUGCCUGGGAAGUCUGCCCAGGGACUGGGAUACGGUGAAUCCAGGGAUGCUAUGCAGUGUGGCUGGCUGGGGGUGUCUUGGCGUGAAUAUGUCCUGCCCAAAUAAACUACAGGAGGUAGAGCUUGAAGUCCAAAGGGCCGAGAAAUGCACCUCUCGCUACAAAUAUUACAGCACCACCACCCAGAUAUGUGCAGGGCACCCAGGAAAGAGGAAGGGUUCCUUUGAGGGGGACUCCGGGGGCCCCCUCGUGUGUAACAAUGUGGCCCAGGGCAUUGUCUCCUAUGGAGACAAGAUGGGGACCCCUCCAGCAGUCUUCACCAGAAUUUCCAGCUUCCUGCCCUGGAUAAGGAGAACAAUGAGACGCUUCAAAGAGUAG